AUGGCAAUAUGCUCUUCUACCGUCCACAAGCUUUUGAUUUCGUCCGUUGCUGUCUCUGGAAUCGUUUUUGGUUGUUUCGUGUUCCUGGUAGGAAUGACUGCUGUAGUUUAUCAAUGCUACAGGCGACGAGUCAUGCAGAACGCCCAGAACCGGCUGUCAUCGGCAAUCAAAAAGGGCCUGCAAGAGAGCAAUUCUGGAAGUUUCCAGAAAAACAUGUCCAUUCGAAGCAGCACGAAGAUAAUGACCUCAAAAGGUACAAGCCCAAUAACCCCACCGGGUGGAGAGGCCAGUGUUGACAGGAUUCCUAUGAUGGGGUUUACUUCUGGUCACUCUCCAGAACAAGCUCACUGUGUGAAGGCGGAAAUGCACGUAGAGCAGGAAAAGGACGGAGCGACACCAGAAAAAGAAGAUGCUUUGAGAGAUCGGAAUGUUGUGUCUCAUGAGCGCCCAACAAAAUUAGGAAGCCUAACUUUCUCCGUGUCCCACGACGAGCAGAAGUGUGCCCUGAUAGUAACCAUCGUCAAGGCCGACGAGCUCCCACCAAGAGACCCCAGUCUUGGUGGCUGUGACCCCUACGUUAAGCUACAACUGCUGCCAGAGAAGAAACACAAAUGCAAAACUCGAGUUCUACGAAAGACGCUAUCCCCGACCUAUGAUGAAACCUUUACCUUCUACGGCGUAACUAGCAACCAGAUUCCCACCACCACUCUUCACUUUGUUGUCCUCUGUUUUGAUCGGUUCUCGCGUGAUGAGAUCAUUGGAGAAGUAAUCUACCCGCUGUCAGGCCCGGAUUUAGAGGGAAAAGAUGUCCUCAUUACUAGAGAAAUAACACCACGUCAUUUGAAGUUUCGUAACCAAGGACACGGAGAAUUGCUCGUCUCUCUCUGCUACCAGCCGGCUGCCAACAGACUCGGUGUAGUGGUACUCAAGGCCAGGAAUCUACCCAAAAUGGAUAUCAGUGGUCUUUCGGAUCCCUACGUGAAGAUCUAUCUGAUGUACAAUGGACAAAGAAUUGCCAAGAAGAAAACGCAUGUGAAGAAAAGAACGCUGAACCCAGUUUUCAAUGAGUCAUUUUUAUUUGAUGUUCCCUACAAUGAGGGACUUCAGAAUAUUUCCCUAGAGCUGCUUGUGUUGGACUGGGACCGUAUGACCAAAAAUGAGGUCAUCGGACGUCUGGAGAUUGGGUUGAAAUGUGAAGGACAAGAGGCUAGUCACUGGAGCGAGGUGAUUAAUUGUCCGCGAAAGCAAAUCGCCGAGUGGCAUAAGCUUCAGGACUAG